AAUAAUAAUAAUAAUAAUAAUAAUAUUUUCAAAAAAAAAUAAUAAUAAAGUAUGUGCCCUGGUUGAUCUGGUCUAAAUAGUUCUAAUCUGAUCUGAACAAAAAAUCUAAAAUAUAUUGAAGAGAACAUAUUUGGAGUUUAUCAGUUUAUGUAAUUAAUUGCCUUUCCUGAAAGAAAAAAAAAAAAAAAAAUAGAAUUAAAAAUUUAUACACAAUUUUGAGGUGUGGGCCCGGGCUACGUGGCUUUUUUUUUUUUUUUUUUUUUAUUACUCAUCCUUCUUCCAUGCUGAACUCUUACUCCAUCACUGCAAUUUUGUUUGUUCUAAGUUCUAAUAUUCAUUUCUAUCAAAAAAAAAAAAAAAAAAAAAAAAAAAAAAAUCUCCCUUCACAAUGUUUCCCCCUGCAGGCUCUAAGUUGUUCAUAAUCGAUGUCCACUAUUUCUUUUCCACCCAAUUCCCUUGUUUAUAUAUUAGUCAUCCAAAUGAAAGAUAUUACAUUCCUCAUUUUCCUUUCAAAAUCAAUUUCUUCUCUUCCAUUUUUUUCAAUCGAAGCAAAGCAAUUAUCUCAUGGCGUUUUUAGCAUUCAUUCUUGAUCUUCGCACUCUUUCACCUCAAUUCUUGAAGUUAAUCAAGGAUAGCCUACUUCAAUUCGCAAAUCUGUUUGUGUUGUCUUCUCUCAACGAUCGAAUUGCUCUUUGCUACUUACAAUCCGAAUCUGAGCUUAAGGUUGCAUACUCUCCCGAAAGCUUCAACCUACUUGAUUGGCAUGAUGCUGUCAACGCGCUGUCCUGUUGUUAUGCUCCACAUUUGCUUGAGAGAACAACCCUUCCAAAAGAUGGGAACCUUGCAUUGAUCCUUAAUGAUCGAAUGUUAGUAUCUGCUAGAAGAAAAGAAACUAAGGGCAAAAUAAUUUUGAUCGGUGCAUGUAUACAGAGCAAAGUAGACUCUACGGUGAUUUUACCGGAUGCUGAAGGCAGAGACAAUUAUGUGGAAUCUGUGAUCCUUAAGAACUGUGAUAUGAAUAACUUGUGUGAUGCAUUUCUUCAAGGUGCUUUUUUGCGUUCCAUGUAAAGUAUUUUUGAGGGAAGUAUGUUUUUUCUUGUUAGAUGUCUUACUUAAAAUAGCUAAUUUCCAAAGCAUCUUUAAGUGUUUCGGAAAGUUAUCCACCUGAUAUAGUACUUUAUGGCACCUACAUGUCAUGUUUAUGCCCUUGAUGUUUAGGCAGUCUGUUUUCGUACUGUAGUAGACUAUUGAAAGCAAGUCGUCUUAGGCUGGAUCCACCUUGGACUAUGAUACCAGGAUUGCCAAUUUAAUGACUCAUUAAUUGAGAUUUGAGGGCAAAUUUUCUUAUGGACAGUUACAUUACACUGCAAUUCUUUUCUUAAUGCUAAGAAAUAGUAUUAAUACAUAUGUUGCAACAAUAUACAUUUUUUGAGCUGAUUUAAAGCAUCCAAGCAAUGGAUAUAAACUGCAGAUGAACUGGGAAUGAAUAAAAAAGCAAAAAAAUGGAUUGAAGAAUUGAAAGACGAUAGAGGAUUGGAGGCUUCUUUUUUACUUUCAAAGGAGCAAUAAUCGUUCAAUAUACUGCAGAUUGUUUAGUUCCUCAAAUCAGAUACUAAAUGAAUUCUCCCUUUGUCAGGCACAUGGGUAUCAUCAAAUGCUUAACUCCACAACCAUUGAUGAAGAUACCUUACUAGAAGAAGAGUCUAGGAGUUGCGAAAAACUCAAAGAAGCUCCCGGUGCUGUUAGAUUUGAUGUAAUUGGGAGCACUGGAUUGACUUCUUUGGAUAAAGGUUUGGUGAUUGGAAGACCUUACUGGGUCAUUCCAGAAGAGUCGUCGCAUGUAAUAGCUUUCGAAAAACUUUGCUACACACUUGCAAUAAAACAACUGGGGUUGAUAUGUCGAGGUCCAUUUAAUCUUGAUACUAUGAAUUUUUUUUCUAUGCCUCAUUUUUACCUCCUUGAACCAUGUGUCGGUGGACGGAUGGUGCUGAAGAGGCUUGCUGGAGCCGAGGAGACAAUUCCAUGUCCCAAAUUUCCUGAAUUUCCAUCAAGAUUGUUGUUAGAUGGUGCAAUAGGAAUUCCAGCUGAUAAUUCUAUGCUCGAGAAUGUGGAUUCUAUGGAGUACGAAGGAAAGCUAGGAUUUUUUCAUGAGAAACUUAACCUGCUCAUUAAAAACAGGAAGCAUGGCGAUGGUUGUGUUUGUUGUGGAUCAGAUGGUGGUGGGCUUAUACAUGUGGAUGAGAUACAUCGCACUAAGUUGACAUGAUUUUUGUGUUGCGACUACUUGCAAGUGCUGAAGGUCAGAAAGACAAACAUGGUGGUGGCUGAGUCUUCUAAGCUUUCAGAAAAGGUCAUCACUAAGUCACAGCAAGGUUUUCUGCUGCAUUGAGUGUAGGGUACAGUCGUACUAAUUUCUGCAUAUGCUUUUUGUUCAUAUUAUAGUGUACAGUGAUUUGUCAAUACGGUUUAUACAACUACUCUAGGGUUGCUUUUAUGUCACCUAAGAAGUAAACCAUAUUCUUUACUAUGGCGGACACCUGCGAUAGUGCCUCGUCUGCAAUUUGCAUCCAUAGAGAUUAGAGAAGGGGCGUAAUGAGUUAGUUUUUUGUAACUUUGUAAAACCUUAUACGGCCACUUGAAGACAUGAAAUUUUUGAUUAAGACGCUGAA